AAUCCCUCCACCCCUCAACUUCGCAGGAGGGGUUUUGAAACAACAAACCUGACCAAUUGCAUGGCUUUACCCUCAACAACAAGUCUUUGUUUCUUGUUUCUUCCCAUCCUUUCCUUUUUCAACUUUUCUAAUUUUAGAACCGUUCAUUCAUUCACACUGCCAAGAAUUAUUCAAACAACAUCGUCUUUCAAUUCAUCCACCCUUUUCCUUCCUCUCCUUAUUGGUUUCUCUUUCCACCUUGCUCAAUUUUUUCAUGAUAUCAGCAAAAUUAUAGACAGAGCCGAAACUGAUGAUAGCCGAAAGCACUUGACCUGCGUGAUCACCAUCUCCAGAUGUAAGCACUUCGGAGCGUGCUCUCUCGUUGAAUCAAAUUCAACACAACACAACCCAACUUGUCUGGAUCUAAAUUCCAUCUGCCACACAAAAGUUUUCUCCCAUCCACCACCCAUUCCCAAAUCCAUUUGAGAUACUGCUGAAUCCUGACAGGGGAAGGAUUUGGAUUCCAAUUUUCAUAGUAAAAUAUUUCUGCCAUUUGAUUUCUUUCCCCAUCAGGAUAGGGCGGAAAAAGGGUAAAAAUCUUGAAUUUCCACAGAGCUGUGAUCAAUUGAAUUAAAGAAGAAGGAUGCAGGAGAAAUUGGUGAAACCUGAGGAGAUGGUGAAGGAGGAAGGCAUGGAGGAUCUACGAAACAGACUUUCCGAAGUGGAAGCCGAGAGAGACAGGCUACGAGACGAGCUUCAGGUCAUGAAAAUGGUGGCCGAACACGCCAACAACCGCCUCACCGAAUCCAUGACCACCGGCAGGGUCGCCGACGUGUUCUCCGAGCUGAAUCACGCCGUCGAGGCACUCACCAUCUCCAGCGAGGACCUCAAGAUCAAGGAGAAGAUGAUCCAAUCGCUGACCGCGGAGGUCGUCAAUUCCAAAGAGUCUCAGGCCAAACUGGUCGACGAUUUGGGGAAGGCCAAAUCGACGGAGGUCGAGAGCCUGGACAAGUUAUCCAAGAUCAGCAGAAGAGCCGCCGAAUUGGAAUCCGAAUUGGAGAAAUUGAAGCAAUCCGAGAGCAAAAUGAUCGAGUCGCUGAUGGAGCAGACGAAGCAGUUCGAGAAGGUGAAGAUCGAGCUCGAGGAAUCGAAGCUGGAAGCCGAGAAUCUCCGCGAGAGGCUGGAUCGAUUGGAAGCCAAGGAAGAGAGCGAGAGCCACCACAUCGAUUACGGGAUAUCCAGAUCGCCGUCGGAGGAGCAAUUGAGCGAUCUGAAGGUGGAGCUUCAGGCGGCGAAGGAGAGCCUGGCUCGGGCACACAAGGCGGAGACCGCGGCAGCGAUGAAGAGCUACGGUUUAGUCGAGGAAAACGAGUCGCUGAAAAUUCAGCUGAGGAAGGCGACGGAGGCAGAGGAGAACAGCAAGAUCGCGUUGGAUGAUUUAGCUAUGGCGCUGAAGGAAGUUAUCAUGGAGUCGAAAGCGGCGAGGGAGAAGCUGAUCGGGACGCAAGGCGAGCUGGAGCAUUACCGGAGGGAGGCGGAGGACUCGCGGGAGCGGGUGAGGAGCGCGGAGGAGCGGCAGAGGGCGAGGAUCGAGGAGGCGAGGAGGGAGGCGGAGCAGUACCGGAACGCGGCGGAGAGGCUGCGGCUGGACGCGGAGGAAUCGGUGAGCGCGUGGAGUGUGAAGGAGAAAGGGUUUGUGGAGUGCAUACGGAAGGCGGAGGCGGAGAGGGACGCGGCGGUGAAGGAGAAUCGGCGAUUGGAGGAACUGAUUGCGGAGGAAGUGAAUGCAGGGAAGGCAACCAAACAGGAGGCGCAGAAUCUGAGGGAUAUAAUGAAGCAGGCGCUGAACGAGGCCACGGCGGCGAAGGAAUCUGCCGCAAUCGCUCAAUCGGAGAAUUCUCAAUUGAAAGACGCGUUGAACGAGAAGGACGAUGCGUUGGUCUUCAUUACCAAGGAGAACGAGAGCCUUAGGGCGAAUGAGGCGGCGGCGCAGGAGAAGAUCAAAGAAUUGAAGCAGAAAUUGGCCGAAUCGGCAGCCGGGAAAACGGGGAAAGAGGGGAAAGCAGAAGAAAAGGAUCAUAAAGAGAAGGAAGGGGGAGGGGAUCAUCAUCAGAAAAAUCAGAAGUCUCACGGCGGCGGCGGAGGAGGAGGAGGGGGAAGUGAAUCGGCGACGACGACGUCAGCGGCGCCACCGAAAGAGCACGCGAGGAAGCUGAGCAGCGCCUUCAGUUUCAACCUGAGGGAACUGAUAAUUCCGAGCAAGGCGGCGAAAGAGGCGGCGGAGGAGCAGGAAAAGAAGGAUCAUCACGAGAACGAGGAGUUCGAGGACGCGGAGGAUUUCGAUCCGUUGAAGGGAUCGAUCUUCGACGUAGUGGAAUCGCCGCCGGCACCGCAACCGGCGGCGCCGAAGCAUCAGAGGAAGAAAUCUUUCACGUUCUCGGAGCCGGAGCACGAGGCGGCGGCACCGGCGGAUGAGUUCGAGCAUCUGGAAGGGGACGAUCUGGACGGCGACAAGAACAAUCCGAGGAAGAAGAGGGCAUUGCUGAGGAGAUUCGGGGAGAUGAUAACGAGGAGGAGAGGGUAUCACCGGAAGGAACCGUCGAUGGGCGGUGGGGGAGAAGGGCAUAAGAGGGAACCGUCGUUGGGCGGCGGCGGAUUGGAUGGGUUGAAGAAAGAGCUGUCGCUGGGCAGUGAAGGUCAGAAGAAGGAGACACCCGGCGGCGGGGAAGGUCACAAGAGGGAAAUGUCGCCGGCAUUGGAGGAUUUUUGAACACGUAUGUAUGGUCUUUUUUCUGAAAGAAAGACUCUAUUCGUUGUAGAUUUGAUCGUGUUUCUUUUUUUUUUCCGUUUUCCUUUUCCGUUAUCAUUAUGUCACAUAUAUACACAUACAAAUUCAAGUUCAACAUACAUGGUGGCUCUAAAUUAACCUGUAGUUUUUUUUAUUAUAUGUAAACGAGCUUUAUAACCUCAAGAUUUGUGUGCAACUUAUGGCUUCAGCAUGUGUACAAAUUACCAUAUAACUUUUUUUUUUUGUUAAUUUGUUUUUCUCUGUUUAUUAUACUUUGUUUUAAAUAUAUGAUGAUGUUGACGAUUUUCACCCUGUAUAGUUACGAUGAUAAUUUGUGGAUUCUAAUUCUCAAUAAAUCAUUAUGUUUCUG